AUGUCAAGCAUAUUCUCAUUAUCCAAGGCUUCGUCCCUCACGAAGAAGGUCCUUGUGGCUGGCAAGCUUUUGGCACAAAACAAUAAUGCAUUCAAUUCGAAUAUCCCUUCAUCCUCGUUACUCGCUCUUUCUCUGAUCCAAAUUCGUACCUCCACCAAGAAGGCCGCUGGUUCGAAAACUAAUAUGAAAGAUUCUGCUGGUCGUAGAUUGGGUCCAAAGAAGAACGAAGGUAUUUUGGUUAGAACUGGCCAAAUCAUUUAUAGACAAAGAGGCACCAAGAUACAUCCUGGUGAAAACACCGGUAUUGGUAGAGACCACACCAUAUAUGCUAAAGAACCAGGUUAUGUCAGAUAUUAUUUGGAUCCUUUCCAUCCAAGCAGAAAGUUUGUCGGGGUGGCCUUAAGAAAGGAUUUGGCGUUGCCUAGUAAUCACUGGGAACCAAGAGUAAGAAGAUUUGGUUAUGUCGAACUAAAAGACUCAAAAUCAGCCCAACAAGAAGAAGAACAUUUGACUAGAAAAGAUUGGCUAUUGAAGCAAAAGGUCGACAAGGAAGUUGAACAAAGAGAUAUUAGAAGACAAACCAAGAAACAAGAACUAUUAACUGAAUUUAAAGCAUUGAAUAUCGGGGAAUUCUCAGAAGAUCAAUUGAAUAUCGUAGCAAGCAGACUUCUUAACGUUCAAAGAUUCUUGAUUAAUGGAUUUAGCUUGUCAGAAUCUGAACAGAACGUCACUUUCAACGAUUUAUAUGACUACAAGUUGUCAUUGAAAAGAACAGAAAUAGAUGAAGCUAAAUAUCAGGAAUUGGUUUCUCAGUACAAGUCCUUGGCUUCAAAAACUGAUGAGCAUGUUGCCUUCAAUGCCAAAUACCAUGUUGUCAAGAAGAUCUCAGAAGAAAAAAAGAAAGCUAUGAAAACCGAGUUAAUUGGCCAAUUGACCAAAUUGACAGAACAAUUGCCAAUCAAGAAGGAUGAUAAAUCCAAGAUUGUUGAAUUGAUCACCAAUGCUGAAAAUACGGGUGUGUUGACUAAAUCUGAAAUUGUUAGAGUGAGAAGAAGAUUCCUCAAGCCAGUAGCACCAGAAUCCGUUGCUGUUUUGGAAAAGUCUGCCAAGAAGUCAGUUUCAUACAAGAGAUUUGAUUACAGUUCUAAUAAGGUCGUUACCAUCAUUAGAUCAAACGAUGCUUUCCUCUCAAAAGCUAAAUAG